CCGGGCGGGUCGUUACACGGGUUUGACCGGUGCUUCUCUCCUCUUCCCCUCCUCAUUUCAAGUCAGUCUCUUUUGAGGAAACUUCGGUCCGACGCUUUGACCUACGCGGAACCACACAUUUCCACGUCGUGCAGGACAGUCAUGUGUUCUUGACAAAGAGGACAAGCUAUUCCAUUUCCAAACGGAAAGCACAAAGAAAAUGCCGGCGGAGGGCGUCCGGCGCCCCGUCGGCGGGACCUUCCCUCGCGUCAAAGGUCCCAUCUCUCGCCGGCAAAGUCCGCCAGGUGACGGGAGAUCGAAGCAGAGCGCUGUGGAACGGCUGGAAGCGGACAAAGCCAAGUAUGUCAAAAGCCAGGCAGCGCUGUCCAAGCGGAGGCCGCUCUCGCCUCUGGAUGUACGCAAGUGUCCGCUCAACGUCCCCCUCGCUGCCGCGUUAAAGAGGACCCCCGUCCGGAGCGAGCGGGAAGCUGUCCAGUUGGACCUGCGGCAUCUCAGCAGUCUGAUCAGUGACGUUGGCGACGGCGCCGAGUCUGCUCCAAGGAAGACGGACACGUCGGAUACGCCGCCUUCCCGUCCCGCCAAGGAACAAAACCCAGGACCCACAGCGGCCCUUGCGGACAGGUUUGGACACCCAUGCAAUAAGGUGGGCGCCAAGUCAGAGCGGCCAGAUGGUCCGGGAUCCCCGACGUCGGGAACGGUGCGGCGAGUGGAUGUGAUCCCUCAAGCCGGCGCCAGAAUCCCUCACCGACCGCCGCCAUUCAUUUGCCGUCCCUUUGGUGCACCUCCGUUGUUGCGGCCCCUCCGCCCAGCUAUCUCUCAGCUCCUCCUCCUCUACGCCAAAGGCCCGCCCUCCCCUCUAAAAGCUGCGCCAUCCGCUCCGGAGCGCCCUCCAUUUUUGGCCCCUCCCUCCCCGGACGCGGCCCGCCUCUCCGGCUCGCCCCGGCGGUCUCUGAGCCGCUCCAAAUCGGACACGAGUGAGCGAUUUUCUCGCGCCGGGACGGAACUGGAACGGUUCUUCGACCUGUGCGGCUUGGACGCCGCCGACGUGCAGGAGUUGGCCGGAUCGGCUUCGGACGCGCUUUCGCUGGGCCGUUUCCGCAGCGUCAGCGCCCCCGGGACGGAGUGCGCCGCUUCCGGCGACGAGGAGGCCGAGGAGCGAGUUCCCGACGCCGUCUCGGUCAUCGAGAGGAACGCCAGGGUCAUCAAAUGGCUUUACGGCCUACACCAGCAAAAGUGAAUGUCGUGCGGAAAAUUUUCAGCUUUAGGGAAAAGGAGAAGAGCCACGCGGGCGCGGACACUUACUCUUUUUCUCCGACAUGUUCCAAAAACUAUCUACACCAGGGGUCUCAAACCGAU